AUAGCUCAGUAGACCGAACGCGAUGAAGCCGUCACUGUGGGGGCUUUUCAUCGUGAUCGUUCUUUUACUAAAUAUCGUACAAAUAAGUGGAGAAAGUUAUAUUAAACGAUUGAAUUUGAAAGAAGGACGACGAGGAUCUCUCUUCCGAAGCACUCAAAGGAACAGCAACUUCGAGGCAGUACCUUGCGAUAACAGUGAAAUAGGCACCAAAAACACAAGUAAAUGUGACGCAAGAACAACGGAACAAACGUCAUUCGUAGACACGAUGGCUAGGACGCCCUAUAUGACACUGGCAUUGAAAGUGCUGCUGAUGGUCAUACUCUGCUACACGUUGUGAUAAGAGUUCAUCGUCUGUAUUGGUGCUG